AUGGGCCGAAGUGCGCGUGCGCUCUCGGUUGGGCUCGUCAAGGCACCAGUGGUAUUGCCGUCGAACAACGACGACGGCGAUUCAGGAAUACCCGCCGACAUCACGGAGGAGCUCCGGGCCGCGGCACCCAACAUGGGCCGGGACAUGAUUGCACUCUCGACGACGGCAAUGCCCGUCCAAGUGUCGAUGACGCCGCAAGAAGAAAUGCAGACGCAUGUGCAUCUGGAAGCCGCGCUCAAGGCCUCCGAUCCCGACAUGCAAAAGGCUUCUCAAGCUGGACCCAAUGGGACGCAGCGCGUGGCAAAGGAGUUGAUUCCGGUCCACCACCGCUGGGUCUUGCAUCCGCACGGCAAGGUGCGACUGCGCUGGGACGUGGUGUGCAUCGUAUUGAUCUUUUACAACGCCUUUGUGGUCCCUUUUCAAGUGACGUUUGAGACCAACAUGCCCGAAAGUGCAAACGAAGCCAUUAUCGACAUUGUCCUCGAUACUUUUUUUGCGAUCGACAUUGUGAGCAAUUUUUUCACAGCGGUCGAAAUCAAAAACAAGGUGCACUUUACACGCCGCGUCAUUGCGUGUGACUAUCUCAAGUCGUGGUUUUUCGUCGACGUGGUCUCGAGCUUUCCGUUCUCGGCGGUCGUCAGCGACGCCGACCCCGUCCUCUCCAAAGCCCUCAAGCUCUUUCGUCUGCUUCGGCUCCUCCGAUUGUUUCGAAUGCUGCGGAUUCUCAACCGGCUCCAGCACGCACUCUUGAUUCGCUCAACGAUCAGCAGCCUGUUUCGCUACUGCCUCACCGUGCUUUUCAUCUCGCAUUGGUUUGCGUGCAUUUUCUUCUGGGUCUCGUUCCAAGACUCCACCUACAGCGACCCGCCCGUCAACACGUGGCUCAAGUCCAAAAACCUCCUUGACACAUCGGUGUGGGAUCAAUAUGUCGCUGCCUUGUACUGGGCCAUUAUGACGCUCGCGACAGUCGGAUAUGGCGACAUCGCGGGCGUUAGCCCCAACGAGCGCUGCUUUUCCAUCUUUGCCAUGUUUGCCGGCGCUGGUAUCUUUGCGUACGGUAUCACCAACAUUGUGUCGCUGGUCUCGAGCUUGACGGCGCACGAGACGGCGUUCCGAGAGAAGAUGGACGAAAUCAACGAGUAUAUGGCGGCGCGAGACCUGCCGCGGCACUUGCGCGAUGAGAUUCGGGAUUUUUUUCAAAAUGCACACAAGUCGAAAGAAAACGACCUGCAGCAAGAGCAAGAACUGUUGAACGAACUCUCGGCGAUGCUGCGCUCCAAGAUUGCGCUCGCCAUCAACGACCACUUUUUGUGGAAAUUUCCCUUUUUCAAAGGCAGCGACCCCAACUUUAUCUUGGAUCUCGCGCUCAGCAUGCGCAUGAUCUGUUUUGCGCCGUUCGAAGACGUGUGCGUCGAGGGCGAGCUCGGCCACGAAAUGUUUUUCGUGUUUCGUGGUGCCGUUGAAGUCAUCAAGGACGGCGAGCAAAUCACGGUGCUGGGUGAAAAUCAAUAUUUUGGCGAAAUGGCGAUUCUCAACCGCGAUUGCAAACGCAUGGCCACCGUGCGCACACUGUGCUUUUGUGAACUGCGCAUGCUCUCGCGCCUCGACCACAUCAAACGCGUCCAAGAUGUCCUUGUCGCCAAAAUCAAAAACAUGCACGCGAUCCUGGAUCGGAUGCCCGUCGUCGAGGCCCGAGCUGCCGGUCCAAGCGCCGCGGCGACAACGACCAAUAUUGCUGCAUAA